AUGGAUACUCCUCAACAAGCCAAAGAAAGCUACACAGUAUCAUCUGAUGUAAAAAUAAACUCAGACAAGGAAGAUGAUGGAAGUCAACUCGGCCCUGCCAUGAAGAAGAAUCAUGAUGGAGUCGUACUUAUUCCUCAUCCAAGUGAUGAUCCAAGAGACCCAUUACUUCAAGUUGAGCCACAGGCCGAACUCUACAACAAGACUACAACUCAGAUCGCUUAUCAAAAUUUCGCUGGUUCGGUAGGUAUGGCCGCAGGAGGAUUCUUUUUCUUCCCAUUAUCGUAUGUCAUCGGACGUAGCUCUGCUAUCUUUUGGUCAUUGAUCGGUGCCAUAUUAAGUAAUGUAUGGGCAGCACUUAUGACAUACGAGAGUCAAUACAAUGCAUUCAUCGUCUCUCUAUUCUUUGGUGCACUCUUCGGUACCAUUACUGGAGUAUUAGGUCACGAAUCUUGGUUGAUUCAUUUUUCCUACACCAAAGAGAAAGAGCCUGUUUUUCAUUGGUGUUUUGAUUUUGGGACAGUGGCAGGACCAAUAUCAUCGGCUCUCAUUUCUGCAAAGUCGGAAUGGAUGAAUGCGUAUCGAUGGACGGCAGGAUUAGUUGAUUUGGCUGUCAUUUUGGUAUUUCUAUUUCUACAUGAAACCUCUUGGGAUAGAACGCCUGGAGCUGUUAAUCCUGAUCCACCAUCGUCUUUUAUUGCAAACAGGAUUGCAACAUUUCUUCCUGGUACCAAAGUUACAUCAAGGACAUCUUUCUCGCAGACUCUCAAAAUCGCAAAAUUUCCAUUUCUUAUUGCCAUCUCCCCAGUUUGUCUAGUCUUCAGUAUCUUCACAUUAACCAACUUUGGCUUCUACGUCGCCAUGAAAUCGCUUUCUCCAACAUUCCUUCAAAAGCCAGUUGCAGCAGGCGGAUAUAAUUUCACAACCCGGCAAAAUGCUGAAUCCUCCUUCACUCACUAG